UAUGCCUUGCUAACAAAUGUAUGGUAUUCGUUGAUUUUUCGCAUAUAUUAUUCAAGCUUUCUACCAGAAACGAAAUAGAUAAGUACUCUUAUUAAAUUCAUUUUGGAUCCUUUGGGACAUGUGAUACGUGGAUUUUAAGCAUUUAUUUGAAUGAUUUAAAAAUUACAAGGAUUAACGUACUACUGCUUUCGAGGGUGUGUUUAACCUCUUUCCAAAUGAAAUGGACUAUAAUCUAAUGUAGAAUUAUACAUGUAUUUGGUUUUAAAAUUUUGUUUAAAGGAUGAUAAUAAUAUUUUAAUGAAUUAUGAAAAUAUGAUGGCACAAUUUGUUUAUAAAUAUUUUUAUUGUAAGCUGUUGUUUUCGACACUGUUCGGAACUAUACCUAAACGAAAACGUUAACUUUGAAAGUGUUGAUAUUGAAUCAUAAUUUACAAUCAUGGCAAAUGUGAGUUUAGAAUAUUACGACAAAUAUAUUGAAUUUGAAAAGCUAGUGAAAGUUAUUAUUCCCCCAAUAUUUGGUCUUGUGUUUAUUACUGGUUGCACUGGAAAUAUUUUUGUUAUUAUUAUAUCAUUCAAAUUUAAGAACAUGAAAACUAUUAACAACGUGAUGAUCUUUGCCUUAGCAACAGCAGAUCUGUGUUUCUUGACGAUGUGUGUACCUUUCACAGCACUUGAUUAUACUCUACCAAAGUACCAUUUUGGAAAUAUAUGGUGUAAAAUAUCAAACUAUAUAAUUUACGUUUCGGCUUAUGUUUCAGUAUAUUUCAUGUGUUUGAUGUCUAUGGAUCGUUUCCUUGCAAUAGUGUAUCCGUUAUCAAGUAAACGUUUUCGCACGAGGUCAAAUAUCUAUACUGGAAUCGCAUGUGUUAUUUUCUUUUCGUUUGCUAUUAACAUACAAACUUUCUUUGUAUGGGAGUACCGAGAAUAUUACUUAAAGAAGAGCGAAGCUUUAAUUUAUGAUGAAAAAAAGAUGGUAGAAAUAUUCUUUUUGACUUUCGGGAUAUUCAACUACUGUUUCCCUUUCAUCUUCCUUACAGUAUUGAAUGGAUCAAUAUUUAUAACACUUCUUAGGACGCGAAGUUUUAUGUCAAGCAAUGUAUCAAGAAAUGUAAGAGCAGCCAAGAUUGUUUUUGCUAUAGAAGUGGGAUAUUUUGUAUGCUGGACACCAAUACACGUUGUGAUUUUUCUACAGAAUUUUACAAAUCUGAACAGUGACUUAGAAUUGUUGAUUGCGGAAUAUAUUGGAAACGUUUUAGCAUACGGUAACAGCUGUUUAAACCCAAUUCUGUACACAUUUGUUUCUAAAGAGUACCGCGAAAAAAUGAAAGAAUUACUCAAUAUGAAUAAUUAAGCUAUGUUUCAAACGAAAAGGUUGUUAAAAAUCUUGUAUGGCAUUUCUUCAUCUAAACUCAGAUUGUAUGUUUAUCAAGAUCAAUGAAGAACACUGUGACUGCCGAGUUUUUAUUGUCACACAACUUUGCAGUUGUCGACUGUCAACAUACUACUUUUCAUUUUCCCAGCAAUCAUCAGCGGGGCCAUGAACGGAUCUAUAUCUUAUUAUCCCUAUAAAAUGUCUUCGUCAAGUAAAAUAGUGUAUAAGUGCAAGUCGAGGGCUCAACGCGAAACUAGUAUAUCUGCUUCUAUUUCUAUAUACACUUAGACUAGUUUCGCGUGGAGCCCUCGAGGUGGAAAUCAGAGUAAAGAUUUCUGUAUGUUGGACGCCUGGAAUGUGCUACCAUGUAGACAUUAAGAAAAAUAAAAGUUUGUUUAGCAUAGUAUUACAUGUAAUGGGCGUUAAUUUAAAAUGUUUUCUACUAUCCUAACGAUGAGGGUAAACUUACAUGUCUGUUUAUAUAGUAUGAGAUACAAAGAGCUACUAAAUCAUACACUGUUUGAAAACACGAAACAUCGUAUGUAAUUCAUUAACAUUCAGUUUUUUUGGUAUACCAUAUUAUAUUGCACAUAGUAUUUAUUUUUUUUAAAAGCAGGUUUUAAAUUAGAUUAGAAAUGAUUUUUUUAUUCAUUCUUUAAUCAUGUUAGAAUAUAAAGUAAAUUUGGUAAUUCCUAAAUGCAUUUUCUUUUGUAAGUGAUCUUAAAGCAACAAAAAAAAAGCAUUUAGAAAAUAAAUGUUUGGCUUAA